AGCGAACCAUCCUCCAAAUGCAGUCAAUAUGGAUUCCCACGUUGGUCUCGACUAUAUCGUCGACAAUCCCGAUUACUGCAUCAAGCUCGCCUCGGCCUUGGACACCGCUUGUCCCUCGGUCAAGAAACAAGUGGUAGAAUUGCUUUCGGCGCUGUGCGUUUACAGUCAGGAUGGAAGACAGAGGGCCAUCGAUACUCUUCACGCGUAUCAGAAACGAAAAGGUGAACGGUACCGAUUACGGAUCGUGGUAGAAGAGCUGCAGAACGCAACCGCGGAGGAUUAUCGAACGGCCCUGUUGGCGUUCGUAAACUGUUUAGUCAUUUCAACGCCGGUGCUGAAAGAUCGGAUAAGAAUUCGCAACGAGUUCAUCGGUUUGAAGCUCCUAUCGAUUCUGAACGAGCUGCGGAAGAAAAGCCAUGCGCCGGAUCUGAGAGUGCAACUGGACGUGUUCGACGAUCAGCGGGAAGCCGACGAAGAAUCCUCGAAUCACGGACCGCCGGGGAUCGAUCUUUCUUCCCACGUCGACGUCUUUUACGCGAUUCUCGGACAAAUUGCAGACACUCCGCAAGAGAUACCGUUCUUGAGUAUUCUUCAACAUCUAUUGCGGCUCGACCCGAAGGAUGCUGCCAGCGAUCUAGCAUGGGACACGGCGGAAACGUUGGUGCACAGAGCCACGCUGUUGGAAAACCGAGAAGACGCUACUAAAUUGUUGCGUUCGCCUAGCCUUCAGACGAAUCUCUGCUGUCACUGUCGAGCAGCUUGUUUGGUAGCUGAACAAACCUGCGGCACGUCUCGAAAGGCCUCGUUGCCGGUGAACAAUUCGGCGGCGCCCUUGCCACCUUUACCACCCCCGCCUCCGCCUCCUGCCCCCUCUAACCAAGGCCGCGCUUUACCGCCGCCUCCACCUCCGCCGUUUUUUACCGCCAACGCGACGCACGCCGAUGCAUCGAUGGAGCCACCGCCGCCCAUGCCGCCGCCGUUGCACGCGUUACCGGUCACACGGGUGCCCACCCCCGAGCCACCCAAUAAUCAUGCCAGAUUGCUGCCGCAACAGGAAAUACCCACCCCCAAGGCAAAAAUGAAAACCAUCAAUUGGAACAAGAUACCCAAUCACAAGGUUAUCGGCAAGCGCAACAUUUGGUCCCUGGUUGCCAACGAACAUCAAAAUUCCCCCAUGGCGGAUAUAGAUUGGGCAGAGAUGGAAGGAUUGUUUUGCCAACAAGUGCCGCCGGUGCUGUUACCCGCCACCUCGUGCUCCUCCUACGGAACGAACUCCGACGCGGAGAGGCGACGCAGGGAGCCGACCGAAAUCGCGCUUCUCGACGGCAAGAGAAGCUUGAACGUGAACAUAUUUCUGAAACAGUUCCGAAGUUCGAACGAAGAUAUAAUUCGGCUGAUAAAGGAGGGCAGCCACGACGACAUCGGAGCGGAAAAGUUACGGGGCCUUUUGAAGAUUUUGCCCGAGGUCGACGAGCUAGAGAUGCUGAAAAGUUUCGACGGCGACAAGUCCAAGCUCGGAAACGCCGAGAAAUUCUUCUUGCAGCUCGUUCAAGUGCCCAAUUACAAGCUACGCAUAGAGUGUAUGCUGCUGAAAGAAGAAUUCGCUGCUAACAUGGGCUACCUAGAACCGAGCAUCAAUUCGAUGAUUCUAGCUGGAGAAGAUCUGAUGACGAACAAACCGCUUCAGGAGGUGUUGUACAUGGUUCUGGUUGCUGGAAAUUUUCUCAACUCGGGUGGAUACGCUGGAAAUGCCGCUGGCGUAAAGCUGUCCUCUUUACAAAAGCUAACCGAAAUUCGGGCGAACAAGCCCGGAAUGAACCUCAUACAUUACGUAGCUCUGCAAGCCGAACGAAAGAGGAAGGAUUUGUUGGAUUUCGCAAAGAGCAUGACUACUCUGGAAGCUGCUACCAAGACCACCACGGAGCAAUUAAACAACGAAUUUAACGCACUCGAUACAAAAAUCAAAAAGAUCAAGGCGCAGAUAAAUUUCCCUUCCACGGAGACCGAUAUACAGGAACAGAUGGCGCAAUUUUUGCUGAUGGCGGAGAGAGAGAUGAGUCAAUUGAAAAGGGACAUGGAAGAGCUCGAAACGCUAAGGCGAUCGCUCGCCGAAUUCUUUUGCGAGGACAGCAACACUUUCAAAAUCGAGGAAUGCUUGAAGGUGUUGCAUCAAUUCUGUCAAAAGUUCAAUCAGGCUGUCGCGGAAAACGAAAGACGUAGAGUUCAAGAGGAACAAGUAUUGGCGAGACGCAAGCAACGGGAGGAACAACUUUUGGCUAAAAAACGAUUACUGUCCAACGCUAAUAACCAACAAACCGAGACGCCAACCUCUGAAUCCGAAUGCAAUCUACUCGAUUACGAUCCCUUCGAUCUUGGUGUCAAUUUAUCUCAAAGAAAUUACGGUCGCAACGAUGCCGCGAAGAUCAAAAGACUGCAAAACGGAGCCGUCACUUCCGACGAAGAUGUCUCGAUCACGGGGUCGCCGAAUAUUCGACGUCGUUUAGGCUCCUGUUCCGGCGGGAUCGUCGAUCAACAAUCUACCAAAGAUGAAACCUACUCUCCAGACGUGACACCGAACGGUACUCUUCGCCGUCGAAGGAGUCGAAUACCUUGCGAAGACGACGACGGCAAUCUGAUGGACUUUUUGAGAACAUCGGGGCAAGACGGUACACGCGAAAAAAAAUCGUGGGGUAGUUUAGAUCGUUCAUGGGCAAGACGAGCUCGCGGCCAGUCUCGCAGAAGUGAUCUACUGAACGCCGAUUUCUCGGCCGAUCGUGAAAGACCGAGCUCUCCGUCACCUUUGGUGGAAAGCAAGCCCUUCUUGCAAGAGGAAGAAACGAAACCUGCAGGGAAAGCGUGGAGGCAGAAGAUCGAAGCGUGGCUGUCGGAAAACGAGAAGGAAGACCGUGCAGGUGAAGAACUUCAACGAAAAGCGAGGCAGUUGCAUCAAGCGAAUCGACGGUCCUUCGAAGACUCGGAAAGCGAAGGCAAGACGAACACUCCGACCGAAGGUAACCCCACGCGCGAACCGUACUCCGAAGUUUACGACUGGCGUCCGUCGGUCGAAAAGACAGACGUGAUACGUACGAUGGAGGCUAUCGAAGAAGCCGAAACGCAUCCGUCGCAAAAGGAUAAAUCUCCGUGGCGAAAAUCUAGCUUAAACGUACCAAAUAGCGUGGAAGAGGCUGACCCACGUUACUCCCGUAGGCUAAGAUCAAGGCUCAGCGCAGAGAACGUUCUAACUUCGAGCACCUUGCAGUCCAUCAAAGAGGAGGAGAGAAAGAAGAACAAGAUCAACGAUGCCGCAAACUCUGGUCAUCAAGAUGAAUUAACGAUAUACCUACGGCACCCUUACCCACCUAAUUCUCAAGCACCUACGUCGCGCAGAUUUUCCAAGCUAAAGAGAGGCGCGGAGGAAGAGAAGAUCGUCGACAAGAUAGAAAUCGAUUCUGACAACAUAGAAACACCUCCGGCAACUAGAAAGCUGUUCAGUCCGCCGAGAGAAGUGAAGCCGGUUGAGAAAGAACCGUGCAAGAGGGAGCGUUGCAACAGUUCCUUCCAAAGCAGAGACUACAAGAACGCGGCGACCAAGAACAACAACAACAACAACAACAACAACAACAACAACAACGCAGACUUCGGGACGGGUAACUUCGAUCGUUACUCGGCGGCACGGAGAACACGCAGAUAUAAAAAGAGCCAGGAUUCGGCGGAAAAAGAGGCGAAACAAGAAGUGGCGAGUUCGGAGGAAAAACCGGCCGUCGAACGACCGCAUACUCUUUCGUUGUCGGAAGAGAAUCGCGACGAAGAUGGCAUGCUUUCGGUCUGGCAAGAGAAACUGAAGCGACGGGACUCUUCGUGCUCGUUCGACAUCGACGCUGCCCUAGCAGAUAUCGCUCGCUCCGGCGAGGAUCUUCAACGUCUCUCGCGACCGUUGACGCACCGAAGCUCGAGACUGCCGGUCAGCCAGCCGUCGGCAGUGGUCGCAGUGACCAACACCGUUCUCAGUCCCGUGAUGCAAGAAUCGCGUCCCAGGGAACCGUCGUUAACCGUUCACGCGGAAAGAGCCGUAACCAGUCGAGAGCGACAGAGAAGCAUGAUCGAUCCUAGUCAGGUGAAGGAAGCGAUUCGAUUGGCCAACAAUCCGCCGAGUCAGGUGAACGAAAACCAAAACGGAUCGUCCCGAGGUCCUACGGAGGAUCGUUAUCGAUUAGACGGUAACGAGAUACACGACGAUAAACGGAAUCAAGUGAAGAAGUUGAUCGAAGGUGAGCAGUCGGACCUAGGUCGAUCGAGUUCCGUGUUCCAACCUAGAUUCCCACCACCCGACAUAAGCGUUACCACCUCGUCCUCCUCGGGCCCGUUACUUUCCUCUGGGAAAGCAGCGCGAGACCAAGAGAUGAUGAACGACGAGGGAUUCGAGGAAACGCAAAGUUUAGUUUCGGAGACGCUCAGCCAGGAAACCUCUUCCGGCAAUUACGAGACGGACACUCACGAUUCGACGCGAUGCUCGCCGGCUGAAUUGCGAUACACUCGGACCGAUGACCAUACUGCGGCACGCGCCACCACCAUCGACGUCGUCGCGUCUCCAGCUGCGGUAAAAGGAUUCGAGAAACGGACGAAUCCGACCGCGAAACAACCCAACGAAAAAUCCAGUUUCUUACCGAAACGAACGACCAACAACAAUUCCAGGCGAGACGUUACGGCCAGAAAAUCUGAACCGAUCCAAUCGAGCAAUAAUCAGUCGAAGAACGAGGUAGAACGUUCAGGAUCGAGAAGCAGUCUCCGCAGCUCGCGAAGUUCCUUGAAUAGCGCCACUUCGGUGAACACUGUUCGAAACUUGGUUCCAAGCCAUGCUCACCUUCGCACCUACACAUCCGCGAUCUGUGCGUUAACCAACGAUCUGCGAAAAAGUCCGUCGAACAGUCUGUUACCGGCGGCGAAAAGUACCGAGAAACGUCGGACGAAUCCACGCGCCACUCUUACCAGCAGAAUACCUGCCAGCAGAAGCAGCAGCAGCGGAAGUAGCGUUGGUCCAACCGCGAGAACCGUUCGCAAAUCGCUCGGGUCGAACAUCGAUGCUCAGAAAGGGAACAAGGGACGGACGAUCGCUUCGCGUAGCAACAGCAGCAGCGGUAACGCUGGCCCACACUCUCUAUCGUUGAAUCGUUCGAGCGUCGAUAAACUGGCAUCUUCGGCCACGAACAGUAAGCUGGUCCAUCCAAGAGCCGGAACCAGAAAUCAUAGUUUCAUGAGACCGACAGCCGCCAGUGUAAACAAGGGUUCUAUUCCGAACCUUCCCAGGAGCAUCAAAGGUUUGGUCAAGUGAUGGUUUUUUCGUGAAAAAUAAGAUCGAAGCGAACGUCCAUCGACGAGUAUCUCGCUACUGUAUCUCAAUCAUUCUGAAAGUUUCCGCUUAAAUAUACGUAUGCAUGUAAGUAUAUGUGGAUGUC